UAAAGAUGACAUCACUUGACUGGCAGCCCGUUUGAGGAGGAGUGCUCCGAGGGUUACAUCUGAGCACUGGCAGCGCCGUCCUUAACAGCGGGUAGCAGGGCUCGGAAAAAGGUUAAGCGUAAAAGUCCGCAACCUCCGCCGACCCGUCAUCGCCAGCCGCAACUCAAGGGAUUUUAUGCGGUGCCUGUGGUGGUUUGCGCCUGUGAGAUACUCCUCUUGAAGACCGGCACCUUGUUGCCUUGUUUUUCUUUCCCCUUUUUCUUUUCUUCCCCUCCCCUUCCUCCGCCGCCAUGUCGUUCAGGAAGGAAAUGGAAAAGUACCGGGACGUGGAUGAGGACGAGCUGCUGAAGAAGCUCACCGAGGAGGAGCUCCAGAGACUGGAAGACGAGCUGGAGGAGUUAGACCCUGAUAAUGCCCUGCUCCCAGCAGGGAUGAGGCAGAAGGACCAGACCAAGAAGGCUCCGACGGGGACCUUCCAGAGGGACAACCUGCUGGCCCACCUGGAGAAGCAGGCCAAGGAGCACCCGGACAGGGAGGACCUGGUGCCCUACACGGGGGAGAAGAGAGGGAAGGUCUGGGUGCCCAAGAAGGUGGCAGUGGACCCCAUCAUGGAGAGCGUGACCCUGGAGCCGGAGCUGGAGGAAGCCCUGGCCAACGCGUCUGACGCCGAGCUGUGUGACAUUGCAGCCAUCUUGGGAAUGCACACGCUGAUGAGUAACCAGCAGUACUAUGAAGCCCUGGCCAGCAGCACCAUCGUCAACAAGCAGGGCCUGAACAGUGUUAUCCAGUGCACCCAGUAUAAGCCGGUGCCCGACGAGGAGCCCAACUCCACGGACGUUCAGGACACCCUGGAGAAGAUGAAGAGCAACGACCCCGACCUUCUGGAGGUCAACCUCAACAACAUCAGGAACAUUCCCGUGCCCACGCUGAAGGCUUACGCCGAAGCUCUGAAAGACAACACUGUAGUGGAGAGGCUGAGCAUCGUGGGAACCAGGAGUAACGACCCGGUGGCCUACGCCCUGGCAGACAUGCUGAAAGUCAACACCACGCUCAAGUCUCUGAAUGUGGAGUCCAACUUCAUCACUGGGGCUGGGAUCUUGGCGCUGGUGGAGGCCCUGCAGUCCAACACCACCCUUCAAGAGCUCAAGAUCGAUAACCAGAGCCAGCCUUUGGGAAACAAGGUGGAGAUGGAGAUCGCUAACAUGCUGGAGAAGAACACCACGCUGCUCAAAUUUGGCUACCACUUCACCCAGCAGGGCCCGCGGCUCCGGGGCUCCAACGCCAUGAUGAACAACAACGACCUGGUGCGAAAGAGAAGGCUUGAAGGGGGCCCCAUCUUCCCCAAGUGUCGGACGAGUGUGUAGUGUCCCCUCAUGGGAAGAGCCUUCCAGGGCAGCCCUGCACCCCACCCCCAUCUCCACCCCCCCUCUUCUUCCUGACAGCAACCCACUACGAGAGGCCCCCCACCCUGACCCCUAUCCGCGGGGGGCGGGGGAGGGCACCCCUAAAAGUUGGAUGUGUUUGUCGGACUGGGAGGGGUCUUCAGCUGUCCCGUGUGAGCUGUCCCAGCGAGCUCUUCUGUGUGUGUUCCCCCGAUAUGUUUUUUUUUAUACCCAUACUGGUUAGGUGUUACAUAUCAUCUGUUAAUUGUGAGACAAGUCCCGCUGAUUCUGCUACAUUUUGAGCCUCUGUGUGGCUUAUGAAGCACUAUGGGAGGCAAUUAAGCGAUGCUGAAUCCUAUAUGCUAGAUGCUAAGUGCUACACGUUAAUCCCCAAUACAGUAAAACCUGUGAUGUCUUAACUCUGUCACGGUUUGUCACUCAUGGUACUUUAUUGCUGCGUGCCAAUUAAGGAAAUAAGGGAAUAAAAGCACAGUAGUCUGUUAACACCGAAUACAGCAGAGCGAAACUGUGUGGAAAAAGCACGUUUGAUAAGAAUUGAUGGUGCUAUUAUUGGAAGUCUACUUCAACAUAUUUGACACAAUGUGUUCCUGUCGCCCCAGUCAGACACGUUAUAAUAUGUAUUUGGAAAUGAAUUGUGUACUAACCAGCAGUCAUCACCCCUUUCUUGGGGUCUGCUCAAUUCACAUUAUAU